AUGCUCAUCGUGUGCCUUCCAAGGUUCUCGCGACCCCCCACAGCCUGGAGUUGUGGACACUGCGGACGCUCACGGGGCUCAACUCAACGGGUCAGCCAUCCCGAGGUCACCACCACCACCCUAACCACCAACGCCCUCAUUGCCACCAUGUCUGAAGACCGCGCCGUCCAAGAGGAGGACGAGGGCGUCGGCGCUGCCGUUGGUCUGCCAGCCGAGGCGCUGGCGGAGCUGACGAGAGAUAUCCUCGACGACGUUAUCAGCAACAUGGUCUUCAGCACCGCGCUGGCCUGCCACCGCUCCGAGAAACUGUUGCGCAUGCAGUCGGCCGCCACACAGGCUGAAUCCAUGGCCCUCGCCAAUCUCGAACCACAGUCGCAGAAGCAAAACGCCAACAGCGCCGGCGCCUCGACGAUUCCCACGGCCGAGACGGCAGCGGCCAAGUACGACAACGGGCGCGUCUUCCUCAAGGGAAACCCGCUCAAGACGACGCCCGAGAUCAUCUGCCCGCACUGCAAACUGCCCCGCCUGAUGCACCCGAUCAUGGGCAGAGGCAUGCAGACGCCUGACCUCACCAAAGAGUAUUGCAUGCUCUAUCCGUGGGUCCAGCGCCCCGGCCACGAUGUCUACGGCAACCCGUUUCCGACAGACAUGGCCAAGAGCAAGAAGGAGCGCGAGCUCAUUAAGCAGCAGCAGAAGAACGCUGAGAAGGAGAGCGUGGGCACGCCUGGCUCCCAGGACACCGACAUGGCCCCGGGCGACACCAAGGAGAUCAAGCUCAACACGGGCGGCAAGCCUGCCUCGUACAUCCCCUGGCACACGUGCCCUAAUUGCAAGCGCAGUCUGCUCAUCACUCGCUUCGCACAACAUCUGGAGAAGUGUCUGGGUAUCAGUGGCCGGCAGAGCUCACGAAAUGCCAUGGCCAAGCUGGUCGGCCAGAACGGUUCGGGCUCAGGCCUGGGCACAACACCACUGGGCAGCCGAAUGGGCACCCCGGCGCCAGCAUCGCAAGACGCCUCUGUGCCCGUCAGCAAGGGCAAAGGAAAAGGCAUCAGCCCCGUCAAGCGGCUGAAUGCCGCCGACGAUGACGUAGACGAACUGGCAGACGACACACCAGAGCGCAAGAAGAUCAAGAAGAAGAGCUCAUACGUCAAAAAGGCUGAUAGGGAUAAGCCUUCCUCGGGCGGGACUUUGAAGGUCAAGCUGAAAACUAGCCGCCCCGAUAUAGAGCGGAAGCAGAGCGAAAUGAGCGAACGAUCUGAAGGCAAACGAGACCGGGAAGGCGAUGAUGGCACAGAAGCGCCUCAGAAGAAGAAGAUCAAGCUUAGUCUGGGCAAGUCUGACAGCAUUCGGACGAGCGCGAGUGUGGAGCCAGCAAGUACCCUGGAUGAUUAA